AUAUUUGGAUUUCGAUAGUUUUGCAGCUUCACUAUCACUGCAACGGAGCUCCAAGAAAUUCCAAACAAAAGCAAAAGACAUCGACUGCCAAUUUCAGUAACAACGGCGCAAUUUAGUGCGGAAAAUGAGCGUGAUUCCGGUGCUGUUGCUGUUAAUGCAGCUGAUGGGCGCAGUUAUAGGAGGAGCAAACGAGACGGCGGCAGCACUGAAUGGAACUGUAAUUGAAACUGGAACUGGAAAUGCCUCUGUCUCCAAUGUGAAUGCAACAAUAGUGCUUAGCGCAGUCAAGAACAACAACAACAACAACAAUGCAACAGGUCCUGCAACAAACACAGGUACAGGUAUUCCUACCAAAACGGUAAACACCGAAGGCAACACCGGAAAUAGUUCUACGGUAUCAAGCAAGGAACUUCCCAAGAACGACAAGGACAGGUCGGACAGCAAAGUCAACACGACAACUACAGUGCAAGCGGCCACAUCAGCAAAACCUACAACAACAACUAUACAGACACCGCUAGCAUUAAAUGCAACAGCAAUAUCAACAACGGCGAUAACAAAUGCACAAUCAACAAAAACAACAGCAACUAACUUAAACAAGCCGCUGACCGAAGGUGGGUUAUCACAGAGUGACACCAACAGCCCCAGCAGCAAGAACAACAACAACAACAGCAGCAGCAAACAAUCGCCAGCAGGUAUUGGCAAUGGUAGUGCCAACAGCAGCAACAGCUCCUCCACGACUCCAGCUCCAGCAGCACCAUCAACAACAUCCACAACAUCAACAACAACGACAUCAACAACAACGACAACCACAAUGCGUCCCUUAAAGCCCAACAUUACCCGAAGCAUGGCCGUGCCAGUGCCAGGGGAAAAGGAUCAACAACUGAAUGCGGCAACUAUUGAUAGUGCCAGAGUGGAUGCAUCUAUAAUCAAAUCAGAUCCAAUAUCGCAGUCCGUGCAGGAAAUGGUCAGCAGCAUACCGAAUCAUGAUGAGAAUGAGUAUCUGGUGCCAAUUGUUACUGUCAUGUUCACCGUUCCACUUGCCAUAUUCGUAUUCAUUAUCUUGUAUCGGCGUUUUCGGGAUCUGUGGACUACACGGCAUUACAGGCGCAUGGACUUUUUAGUUGAUGGCAUGUACAACGAUUGACGAAGACGCCAACAACAGCAGCAGCAGCAGCUUUACAAUAGUAGGGUAUUAACAAGUGCUGCCAUACGGCUGCCUUAGCGGAAAAUAUGUUGAUAAAGGCACAGCAAUUAAUAUUGAAAGGAUUAUUAGUUAUUUAAGUUUCUUUAUUUUAUUGUUUUUAUGUUGCAUAAAAUGCAACUAGUUAGAUUGAAACAGAAAGAAUGAGAGAGAGUCAGAGUGAGAGAGAAGGAGAAAGAGUAAUCAUGCGAGAGAGAUAGAUAGACUCUCAUGUUGAUGCUAAACGGCACUCGCCACAGGUCAGGCUAAAUAUACACACAUUGCUCAGUCAAUUAAAAACAUUGAGAAAACUUUAUAUAUACACAUAUGUAUGUGCGUACAUUCAACAUAAAUACAUAGAUAUUAGCUUUAAACGCAAGUAAUUGCUAACAAUAUACAUACAUAUAUAUUCACAGUGGCCAAAUUAAAUUUUUGAUAAGAUGCAAAUGAAUCGCAAAAAAUGAGAAAUUUAAACUGAAUUAAUUUCAAGAUAACAACAUAUAUCAAGCAUUUCAUUCAAUGAAUUCGAAUUUUGUAAGCAUUUUUGUUAGAUUUUUAUAUAUACUUAAAAAUCAACUACACUCACGUACUGCACACGCUGCAACCAAAUUGUAGAACUUAUUAUCCAAAAACACUCGAAGCGCAAUUAGCAAUCAAUGAAAUCAUAUAUAAAAUUACUAUACAAUAUAUAUACACUGUCCUAUAACCAUAAUGUGCCUUACUAUCUUUAGCUCUCAAUAAUGCUGUAACGAACAUGUACAUACAUACAUAGUACUAUAUCUAUCCUCAUACAUACUUACAUAUGUAUCUGUAUCUAUAUUUGUAACUGUUUGUAACUAUAGCUAUGCUAUUGAUAUUUCUGGUAGACUUUCAAAGCUCGAAAAAUAUAGAGGCGCAGCAUUUGAUCUAUGCCCCAUUAAAAUUAAAAAAAAAAAAAAUAAAAUAAAAACAAAAAUGCCAAAACAAAAACGCAGCUAACCAAUAAGCAAUUUUUGUAAAGUCCGAAAACAAAAGCAAAAUGCGCAUUUAUUGCAUAAUAAUUUGUUAUAAACAAAACAAUUACAAUAAAGCAAAUGCAGUGUAACCAAUAA